AACGAAAGCAGGUUUCAUAGACAGUGUUCAUAGUUCAUUUUGUUCCCGUAUGGAAAAGAAGAACAACAAAAACGGACGGUUCGUCAGCGUUUAAUUCACUGGUUUAAUUAUCAAAAUCGUAAUCAGAUCGUCGUCGUACGGACAGAGAAUGUCCGAAAUAACCCAUCACCAGAGUUUCGAUUAGCUGAGUCAAGCGGCAAGGAAUUUCAGGUGUGACAAAAAUGGAUUUCGGUACACUGCUUUCGGUUGCACAAAAGAAUGGUGGUAGCAAACAGCAAGUCGCCUACUACCCAAGCAAAUUUACACCACCAAAAAAAGAGUCGAAAUCUUCGAAGAAUUUAUCUAGUAAUAUUAAAAAAUUCUUAGCUAAAAAAGAAGAGGAGGAAAGACAGAAAGCUCUUGAUGCCAAGAAAAGAAAAGAGAACUUGUUAGCUUUGCGAGAUCACAAAGCACAGAGUAGAAUCAACAAACACUUAAAAGUUUGCAAGUCAGCCAAUAAAUCUGUCCUUGCAGAUGCCAUCGAUAAUGACAACACAGCUCUUACCAUGGCAGGUCCUUCUCAGCCAGAUGAAGAUGAUUAUGGUUACGUAUCACAAGAAGCAUCUGCAUUUUAUAAUCAGUUAAUGAACAAGUAUAAUAAUAUGCCACAGGAAAAACCUCUAUUCAGUGAAAGUGGAAAGAAAACUGUUAAGGAUAUCGCGACUACUAAGAACCGAGUGAGACAGGCAUUGAAACAACAAGAGAUUGAAGAAUCUUCGGGUCACAGGAGGAAAAGAAAAUCUCAAGUUACGGGUGGUGAGAAGGAGACGACUUCUGAGCCGGACAUUAAAUCCGAAAAGGAAAAAUUAUCGUUGUCGGAAAAAGACAAAGAUGAGAAACCAAAACCUAAAAGAAGACCGCUUCCUCCCCCCAUGGACUUCAUGCAACUCCUCCAAAUUGCAGAAAAAAAACAACAUGAGCCUAUCGUCUUGGAUGUCAAACCAAAGUCAACAAAGGCUGAAGAACCUGAACGAUUGAUGACCAAAAAACAAAUGAGGGAACACCUGAAGGAAAGAGAAUGGCGAGAGAGGAAAGAACAGCGGGAUCGUGGUCAAAAUGUUGUUAAAACUUCAAGUUUGUCGGCUGAUUCUGCCAAAUCAACGAAGCAGUCCUUAAAUAAGAUUCCUAAACUGAAUGGCACUAAAGGCAUUCAGAGUUCUAGCUCGCCUGAGAAGUCCUCAGCAGCUAGACCAGCUUCAGCUAUUCCUAAGAAACCAGUUGUUAGUGAUAAAAAUAAUAGCAUGAGUAAAUCUUUGGAGAAAGAUCAGUUACUUGAAGAGCGUAAAAAAAUUGAAGCGGAGAAAAAAAUGCUUGAGGAAAUGCGUCGUAGCAUAGAAGAAGAAAAAAAAAAGCUCGCUCUCAGCAAGAGCAAAAAGAUAGAUGACAAACCAGUCAGUAACGGCUCUAUCAGUAAGUCGGUUUACAAAUCGAAGCCUUUGGAAAAAACUUCUGCUACUGAUUCAAAGCUCAGACAGGCUCUUAAAUCCGAUGUGAAAUCAAGACAAUGCCCACCCACUGAUUCAAAACCUAAACAAUUUCCUCCUGCGGACCUGAAACCAAGACAGUUUCCACCAUCUGACGUUAGACCUCUUAGGCCGAAACAAUUUCCUCCUAAGGAUGUUAAGCGGAAACCUAUAUUGAAAAAACGUCGCAUUUAUGAUGAUGAUUCUGAGCACGAUUCUGAAUUGGAUGACUUUAUUGACGAUGGACCAGAAGAAGGGGCUGAAGACUAUAGCAAAUAUAUUAGCGAGAUAUUUGGAUAUGACAAGAACAAGUACCGAGAUAUCGAUGAUGAUGACGCUGCCAUGGAAAGUAACUUUGCGCAGCAGCUCAAGGAGGAAUUUGUCUCUACAAAAAUUGGUAUUAUGGAGGAUCUAGAAGACAUCAGGAUGGAAGCUCUCGAGAAAAAGCGCAAGGCAAUGAUAAAGAAUAAGAAGCCAAGGUCAUAGUAGGGUAACAAGAGGUGUUCUGGUUGUUCGAAUUCAACUAGUACGAAUGGUAAACUAUCUUUAUCAUCAAAUCGCCAAUCAUGUUCAUUACAUAAAAAAAAAUUGAUCGCACCCGAAAUGUAUAUAAUUGAUAGUAAUAUAUUAUGCGCCUGUGUGUAUCCCAACGUGAAUUAAUCUACAGCUUUUUGGUAUUUCGAGUUGCAGGAAUUAUAGUUAGCGGAUGUUUUGAAAGGUAUAAGUUUACACAAUUAUACCGUAUAAAAUAGAAAAUAGUAUUUAAGAGUCUACUUUUGAUUUCCGUACCGUGAACAUAAACAUGAACGUCUACCGUAAACAUAAUUCUGAUCGUGCUCCCCCCAACUCACCAAUUGUGGUCACACUCCAAAAUCACCCCUAUUUUGUGGUUUGUGUGACAUCGUAUCUUGAGAAUUACUCAUCCUUGUGCUGUCCAACAUUGAGUAACCAUAAUACGUACUUGAUUACUCAGUGUGUCCAGCAAUUCGACUCUAAGUGGAUACCAAACAAAGGUAAAUAUCAGAUAAUUAACAGAUGAAACUGUACGCAAUCAAAAUAUUGACAAACAACGUAGUGCGAACUUAAAUAUUUAAAAAGAUGUAGAGUAGACUUGGUACAUUUUAUAUUACUUGCCAAAUCAGAGAAAUCGGAAACACACGAUGCAACGUCUUUAUAACUACCCAACUUUUUUUACCAUAUCAAAUAUGCAAACAUGUUGGAGAUUCUUUAUUUUUCUCCGAAGUACAAGUAGUCGUUUGAAGAUUAUUUUCAAUCGCCCUUUUUUCGACGUUUUUUUCUACGGAUGAAUUCUCCGUUUUCCAUCAGCGUUACAAAAUAUUUGGUAUAUACAACUGGGGAUGAUAUUGAUAUAAAUAAUUUAACUUAACAAAACGUGAUAACUUACUUCAUUUAUUAAGAUUUGGAUUAGGUUAUAUAUAUAUAUACGAUAUUUAUUGUUGAUAUCUUGUAACUUUUUCAUUAAACUGAAGCAGUCAAUGCUAUCACCACAAUCAUUCGGGGGGUGGGGGUCAGAUACCAUUUAUUGUUAGUGCGAAUGGAAAAGUUUUAUCGUUUUUUUAAUUGCAAUGGAGGAAAACGAUGAAACAUUAAAUCUAAAAAAAAAAAUUGGUCUUUAUUCUUAACGUUACUUUGUGUCGAGUUUAACAAUACGACGUGCGGAAUUUGUUCGAUUAUUCAAUCGCUACUAAUGUAACAAGUACUAUCGAACAACGCAGCUGACACGUUACAUGAAUCUGUUUGAUUAAUUUGUUUUCAUGAGUAAAAUUAAAAAUGUAACAUUAUCGCUCGUUA